CGGAGGCAGCUCCGGCGGCGGGAGGGAGGAGCGGCGUGGCGAGGCGAGGCGAGGAGCGUGGCGAGGAGCGGGCCCGGCGCGGAGGGCGCGGCUGAGGGCGGCGAGCGCCGGGGCCGCCCGAGCUGCCUGCCUCUCCCCCGCCCGGCGGGGGGGUGGCUGCCGGCGGGGGCCGCCGGGCGGCGGCCAUGGGCAGCUGGGCCGCGGCGACAUGGCGGCUUGGUGGCUGCAGCGGGCGCGGCGCCCUCCGCGGCGCACCUCGGCGGCGGGGCAGCUCCCGCCCCGGCGAUGGGCACCGGGCGGCGAGCCUGAGCGACCUGCUGCAGAGCUCGGUGGGGGCCGAGGAGCCGGGCGCGGCGGCGGCGGCGGCGGCGUCGAGUCGGGAGCGGCCGUGCCCCCGGGAGGGCACGGUGCUGCUCUUCCCCGGGCAGGGCAGCCAGUUCGUGGGGAUGGGCCGCGGGCUGCUGGGGUACCCCGGCGUGCGGGACAUGUACCGCCUGGCCGAGAAGGUGCUGGGCUACGACCUGCUUUCCCUCUGCCUCGAGGGGCCGCGGGACGAGCUGGACCGCACCCAGCGCUGCCAGCCCGCCGUGUUCGUCGCCUCCCUGGCCGCCGUGGAGAAGCUCAACCACCAGCAGCCUGAAGUGGUGCAGCGCUGCGUGGCGGCGGCGGGCUACAGCGUGGGGGAGUUCGCGGCGCUGGUCUUCGCUGGAGCCCUCAGCUUUGCCGAAGCGCUGUACGCGGUGAAAGUCCGCGCCGAAGCCAUGCAAAAGGCGUCGGAAGCUGUCCCCAGCGGAAUGCUGUCGGUUAUCGGUCGGCGAGAGGCAAAUUACAAAUUUGCCUGCCUGGAAGCCCGUAAACACUGCGAGUCGCUGGGUAUAGCCAACCCUGUGUGUGCCGUCUCAAACUAUUUGUUUCCAGACUGCAGAGUCGUUGCAGGACACUUGCAGGCUUUGGAGUUUUUGCAGGAGAAUGCCCGGAAAUACUAUUUUACACGUACAAAAAUGCUUCCGGUCAGUGGGGCUUUUCAUACCAGACUUAUGGAACCAGCAGUAGAGCCUUUGGCUGAAGUCCUAAAAUCGAUUGAGAUUCAGAAACCACUGGUCUGUGUCUAUUCCAAUGUUGAUGGCAAAAAGUACAUGCAUUCAAAGCACAUUCAGAAGCUGUUAGUGAAGCAGGUGGUUUCACCUGUUAUGUGGGAACAGACCAUGCAUUCUGUCUAUGAAAGAAAGCAAGGAACAGAAUUUCCUUACACGUAUGAAGUGGGACCCGGGAAGCAGCUGGGAGCCAUUCUCAAAAAAUGUAAUUUAAAGGCCUGGAAACAGUAUAACCAUGUAGAUGCCCUGGAAGAUGAGGAAGCAGCAGAGACCUAAGUAGCUUUUUGAGAAAAAAUCCUCGCGACUUGAUUUUUCUGUCCAAUUUUAGAAUUGUGCUCCCAAAAGAGGAAGUCUUGAACAUUUUCAUGGCUUCUGAUGAUGAAAAGGGCGCCGCGUGCGUAGGCGCAGCGAACGUUUUCCUUCCCCGGGUGCCUGAGGUGUGGAAGGGGAGAGCGAAGUCGGGCUCUUCCCGUCGGUGUCAGGACUGCGGAACGGCCAAUAAAUGCACCAGAUUAGCCUUCUGUUGGGCUGACUCAAUCCUGCAAGCAACUUCCCCUCUCUUCUUUCUUGUUUUUUUCUUGUCCUUUCUAACGUUUUUCCAGGGGUGUGGAUUCAAGUUAAAGUUGGUAGCCGUGGCUAUCUGGGGCAGGGUUGUUCCGCCUGGAUAGAACUGGGCGGUUGGCUCUGGGUUGCGGAGGGCUCCACACGUGGGCGUGAGGGUGUGUUCAGGGGAGCUGUUUGCUUGGCACAGCUUUUGGCGCCUUGAUGUUCCGGUUUUCUAACUUGUCUGACUUGUCAGGACGUUCUUCGGUGUAAAAUCCUGUCUUAUUUUGUCCCCAUGUUGCUAGGUAGCAGCCGGGUAAGGCAGAAGAUGUAAUUAGGAAUGUGGUUUUCUGAAGGUUAAACUGUCAAUAAAUGAUAAAGCUUGUUUCGAUA